CUUGGUGAUAUUUACAAGCCACAAGAAGCCCCACAUCUCAUCUAACCACCAUCGAGAACUGUGGCAGCCAUGGCAUCCCUGCACUGCACCGUCUCGUCUUCUUCUCUACUCUCUCAACCAUGCGGCAUCCAAUCUGCCGUCAGGAAGCUCUCUUCUUCUUCUUCUUCUCCUGCUAGUUCUGUAUCUGUAGGGCCUCGCAGAAAUGGAAUUGUGUGCUCUCGGGCUGCGGAGCCGAGCGCUGAGAAGAGCAGUGCGUCAUGUUCCAGGAGAGAGGUGUUGGGGUUGGGUGGAAUUUUGGCCAUGGAAUUUCAUGGCUUGCAGGCAAUGGCGAUUCCUCCGGAGGCCAAUGCAGCUCAGGCUACUUGUGGAGAGUUCAAUGUGACUGCCUCUGGACUGGCUUACUGCGAUUCUGAAAUUGGAAGUGGGAUCACUGCUUCUAAGGGCAUGCUUAUCAAGGCUCAUUAUUCGGGAAGGCUAGAGAACGGAAGCACGUUCGAUAGCAGCUAUAAACGUGGGAAGCCCCUCACCUUCCGUGUCGGUGUCGGUGAGGUUAUCCGGGGGUGGGACCAAGGCAUUUUGGGAGCUGAUGGCAUCCCAGCCAUGCAAGCAGGUGGAAAGAGAACUUUGAAAAUUCCUGCUAAUCUUGGCUAUGGCGAAAGAGGAGCUGGCUGCAGAUUGGGUUCGUGCCUCAUCCCGCCAAAUUCAACUCUCAUCUUCGACGUGGAGUUCGUAGGAAAAGCUUGAUAAAACCAGACGGCUAAAGCCUUCAUGUAGCUAGUGCACAGCAGAAUUGUCGUAGAAAUUUGACUGAGAAGGAAAUUUGACUUAUGAGUAAAAUGAAAGUACCAACUUCUGGUAUAACAGAUUAUCUCAA